AUUUCCGACAGACUUCAGUAGGCCGGAGCCGCAGCUACAGGCAACAUAAAAAAACGGGAAAGAAAAAAAAAUCCCAGAUUAACAAAUUUCGUCCCUAAGAAUCCUCAUCCAUCCUUUUAGGUUUUAACCGCAGGUGGAAAUAUUUCUGGACAUCUGAUCUGAACUGAAGACGAUACGUUGAUUCGAAACAGACGGUACAAAGGAAGAGGUGCAGAGAAAAACUUUCAUACUCGAUGACAUUUCAUCGCAAUGUCAGAUCGUUUGGGGCAAAUAACCAAGUCCAAGGAUGGGAAAAGCAAGUAUUCCUCGCUCAACCUAUUUGACAAGUACAAGGGAAAGUCAAUAGAAACUCAGAAAUCCACAGUUGUUGCUCGACAUGGCUUACAGAGUCUUGGUAAAGUGGCCGCUGCCCGGCGCAUGCCCCCGCCUGCUCACCUGCCGAGCCUGAAGUCCGAGAACAGAGGAAACGAUCCAAACGUGAUUAUCGUGCCCAAAGACGGAACAGGAUGGGCGAACAAGCAGGAACAACCCGAUCAAAAGAGUUCCGUUGUGUUGACAGCACAGCCGCCGGAGCCGCAGCAGCCGCUGCCUUUGCAGAAAUCCGUCUCCAAUCUUCAGAAGCCUACAGCGGCAGCCAGUCAGGAGAGCACAAGCACCGGUGGACCAAAGCAAUGGGCACAACUAAAUGGAAAGGCACUAGAUCAAGAUGGUUUAAGGGUCUCAAACCGACUGCAGCCCUUCUCUCACGAGGAAUUUCCGACGCUGAAAGCAGCAGGAGAACAGGACAAGGUUGGCAAGGAAAAAAUCGUCUUCGAUCCGUCGUAUGGGCCAGGACCAAGCCUCCGCCCUCAGAAUGUGACAAGUUGGAGGGAGGGUGGAGGGAGGUAUCUUCAGCCCCCAUCUCUGUCCUCAGCCCUCUCCUCCGAUCCAGAGGGCAAAACCAGUGCCUCUCCUGAGGCUACCAGUCCUCUUCCUCCUCCAUCCUCAUCUUCCACCUCCACAGCUUCCUCUUCUGCCAACGCGGCCAGCACGGCUUCAUCUGACUCGAAGGACCCUUCCGUUCGACUGGCUCCACCCACUCGCCGACCAACCCCUGUGCUGCAGUAUCAGCUCCAUCACUCCUCCACCACCACCUAUCACGACAUGCUGCCUGCUUUUAUGUGUUCCAAGGAGACUCCCGAUGGUCCGGGUUCUACCGAGCACAGCUCUGCUGCCGCCGCCGUUGUUGCCCCUAUGCGCUUUGAUGCUCGUCCCACAUUUAGGCCUCCUUACCCUGCUCCUGAUCCAGUCAACGGAGACGUGAGGAGAGAGAGCCGUUUUGCUCGGGUCCCACCUCGUCCCUCUCCCCGGCCAAUUCGGCGUCCUGGCGAACGGCCUUCCCGUCCUGCCAUCAUCAACCCAGAUGAUCUGAAAGACCUGGAUGACCUGGAUAAUGACUGUGAGGACGGAUGGGCAGGUCUUCACGAGGAGGUGGAUUACAGCGAGAAGCUCAAAUUCAGUGAUGAUGAAGAGGAUCACUUACCCAGUGAGAAGAGCAAGAUCUGGUUUGUUAUCAGGGGAGAGUGGGAAUCUCGUCGUGACCGACCGUCAUCCAUGAGCUCCGACGAUCAGGAGGACAUGUACCAUCACCAGCAGGAUCCUUUGCCUUCCAGAAAAUCCAACAGCAGAUACGGCUCUGCCGACCUGCAGCAGAAGAGCAGCGGUGUGAGCGAGUCUCUGGAGGAACAGGAUGAGCCUCAGCGCUCUGCUCCCCUUCCUCCUCGGGGAAAAUUCGUCUCUCCAGACGUCUCCGAGGCUGUGGAAAGGGCACGUCGGAGGCGUGAGGAGGAGGAGAGGCGUGCACGAGAGGAAAGGCUGGCUGCCUGCGCUGAAAAACUAAAGAAACUGGACGAGAAAUUCGGCAAAAUCGAGAGACCAGCACACAGUGGAGAUGUUCACGGAGCAGAAAAUAAGGAGCUGUUGCUGUCACCUGGGAGAGAGACAGGCAAAGCUCAUCAGGAAGCCUGGCAGCAUGGAAAUAAAGACGUUUCCGAGCAGAAAUUCGACUCGCUCCACAGCCAGGAUUAUAGAGACGAUUUCAGCUACAGGAGUGAGGACGAUGGUCCCGACUACACCCAACGGCACCAGAAAGCCGUUCCCCCACGCUUCCAAAAGCAGCAGCAGCAGGAUCAGCUGUAUAAGAUGCAGCAGUGGCAGCAGGCCGGGUCCGGUCCAGCUCAGAGAGGGUAUUAUCCCCCUCAUGUGCUUGGCUUUGACCCCCGCUGGAUGAUGAUGCCCCCUUACAUGGACCCACGAAUGACCCAGGGACGCUCAACAGUCGAUUAUUAUACUCCUAACGUCCACUCCUCGGGUGUAGGGAAGUCUGCCAUGCAGCAGGACCGCCUCAACAGCCCUGGGUCUGCCUCAGACGAGGGCGGCCACUCCAGCGUACACCAAGAGAAGAAGGCACAAUCUGACACGUACUCAGUUUGGAGCCAAGAUGGGUAUCCACCUGUGCGCAGUUUCACCCCCCCUUACCAGAGACAGCACGAGAGCGCUGAGCGCAGUCAGGCAGACGACCGGAGCGAGCGGUCGUGCUCUCAGCAGGACUCGUAUGAGGAGAGAGGGAUAGAACCUGCUGAAAGCCCUUCAGAAAAUCUCGUCCAUCAGGGCUACCGCCCAAGCAGAGGGUCUGAUAUAUCUCUUAGUUCGCAGCGAGACGAAGACGCGUCUCAGCCAGGACACAGUGAGUACUCGAAAACCGAGCAUCAGAAAGAUGUUUCCUCAAACCGGCACCAGAGAGAUCCGGAUUCUCGUGACGACGCGUGUGAGUGCAAGGAGAAGAGUUUUGAUUCCGGUUUCUGGAGGAAAGACGACACUAUUAAGAAAGAUAAAGAUGCCGUGCAGUGGUCCGAUCCAGGGUCCAGCAGUAGCAGUGGGGUCAGCCAACCGUCCGAACCUAUCGGCAGAACCUUCAGAAGAACUGGUCCUAUCAAGAAACCAGUGCUCAAGGCCCUGAAGGUGGAGGACAAGGAGAACGAGAAGCCCAAAUCUGAACCAGAAGAGAAGCCUGUUCCUUACAGACUCGAGAAGGAAGUCCUUACCAACGUCUAUGACCUGAAAAAGGACAACCAGCCUUCAAUUAGCAGGCACCCGGCUCCUCCUGUGGCCUCUCACGAGGAAAAACAACCUUCUCGUCCAAAAGUCGAGAAAUCCAGCAACCCGAAUGAAGAACCCAACAAGGAGAAUGGCUGGGAUGGCAGUAAUUCCCAGGUGAAGGAGAACCCUGAAAGCAGAGAGCCUCCAGUGCCUCGUCGCAAUAACUGGAUCUUUAUAGAUGAAGAACAGGCUUUUGCUGGAGCCAGAGGAGCAGGGCGAGGCAGAGGCAGAGGAUUUAGGGAGUUCAACUCGCGUGGCGGAGGCCGAGGAGGGCGUAGUGAAAACAACAGGGGCAUGUACAACACCGGAAAUAUCCAGCGAACAGGCCGGGGUCGGGGGUCAAGGGAUUUUGUCAAAACUGAAGAUUUGCAAAGAGGCAAACCACGAAGAAGGAACGUGAGCGAGACUCUGAGCGAGACCUCUGAAUACGAAGAGCUGCCCAAGCGGCGCCGCCAGAAGAAUGGAGAGAAUGGAGAGGCUGCUUAUUCCUCUUCUGGAGACACUAAAAGGGCAGACCGUGAUUCCUGGCGAUCCAACAAGGUUUACAAUAACGAUCAGAGCAUUAGCGGAGAAGCGAGGGAAAAACCCAAGACGAGAAGUUUCGGACGGUCGCUUCCUCCACGCUUGAACACUGGAUAUAACCGUGGGUUUGGAUAUAAAGAUUUUACCACUUGGAGGGGAAGAGGGAGCCAGUUUGGAAGCGGAUCCAUUCAGGAGAACGGCUACGCCUUUACAAGCGGCGGCGACUCUAGAAAAUCAGCAGAUUGCGAUCUGAAAUACCCUCCGAAGUUUGCUUCGUCUUUCGAGAACGGCACUGAAGAUCGGGAAGGAGACUACCACGUUGAUAACGAAAAUUCAGACAACCGGCCACUGAGAAGGCGACGCCCUCCUCGACAAGACAAACCUCCGAGGUUUAGACGUCUACGCCAGGAACGAGAAACCGGAGGGCAGUGGAACAGUGAGGAGUACGUCAAUGGGGAUUUUAUUAAUCCUUGGUCCGGUCGAUCCAAACCCGGAGAGGACCAUUGGCCUGGUCAGUAUUCUGGAAAUAGGCAGCAUGAUUUCACGCCUCAGGGUGAGGACUGGGAGACUGGAUCGGAAAACAGUGACUUGAACGACUGGAGAGAGAAGCGUGGCGACGCACCUGUAGAAGUGGGCCAUGGAGAGCCAGGCUCUGAGAAACGAGAGCUCUCCAAGAGAAGUUUCUCCAGCCAGCGCCCUCUGGUGGAUCGACAGAAUCGUAAGAGCGAUAUUUUGGAGAGCUCGAAAAUGCCCCGGUCCACAGACGCUCCUUCAAGCGGCGGGUCGUCUAACCGAAACGACGGAUGGCAGAACGGAAUGACGGCCAACUGUAGACGGAGUCCCGAGGACACGGGCGUGAACGCAGGGUCGGUGUACGGUGUAGAGCAGACAGAAGACAGCCUUUCCAUCAGCAACACCGAAGCUUCAGGGAAGAAGCUGGAGAAAGACCUAAAGCCGAGGAGCAUGAAGGGAGACUUGUCUGAGCCUCUUUCACAAUACGACCUCAACAGCUACCCAAUUGAAAGCGAUUCUAGAGUCUCCGUUCCAAGUCCUGACGGAUUCCAAGACGCACUCGCCAAAAAACAGCGGCGCCCGCAGGAGGACGAGCGAAGGAGAAAGGAACAAGGAGCACCGGUAAUGGUGAAGAACAGAGCGAUCGCUUCAAAAAUGCCUCCUCGUUUCGCAAAGAAACAAAGUGCCAUCUCGAUCGAACAGCCCGAGGAAACCCUCUCGAGCAAUAACCUUGGCACUGAGAUCUGGGAGACCAACAGCUCGGCACUUACAGUUCAGUCGUCUGGUGGAGACUCGUGGACAAAGCAGGUUUCGUACGCUGGGAGUGAACCAAACUCUGAGGAUUCAGACGCAGGGCCAGAGCAGAGCAAAGAGCACAAACCUGGGCCCAUCGGAAACGAGCGCUCUCUGAAGAACCGCAAGGGUUCUGAGGGUGUGGAGCGUCUGGAAGGCCCGAUCACUCCCGUUAACGGAGUGGACAUCCACGUCGAAAACGUCAUCCCCGUCCCACCCAUCGAAUUCGGAGUCAGCCCCAAGGACUCGGACUUCAGCCUCCCUCCAGGAUCGGCACCGGUGGUCGUGUCCAACCCUGUCACCAAGCUGCAGGAUGCUCUCGCCAGUAACGCGGGCCUUGCUCAGGGCAUUCCUAUGCUGCGCAGAGAUCACCUGCAGCCUGGCAUCAACCUCAACACCAUUUCCUUCCCUACCACCGACCUCACUCUAAAGAUGGAGUCUGCACGUAAAGCCUGGGAGAACUCACAGUCCCUCCCUGAGCAGGGUUCUCCAGGUGGUGCCGGUUCAGUCACUCAACCCCCCUGCAGCUCGUCCAGCGCGGUCAGCUACAGCUCUUUCGGAGGCGUCUCCAUGCCUCCUAUGCCCGUGGCCUCUGUCGCUCCCUCCGUCUCCAUGCAAGGUCAGAUUUAUUCUGGUAAUCACAUCCCACCUCUGUACCUGGACGGCCACAUGUUUCAAAGCCAGCCUCGUUUAGUGCCGCCGACAAUGACUCAGCAGCAAAGCUACCAACAGGCUGCAGCCGCUCAGCAGAUCCCCAUCUCCAUUCACACAUCUCUGCAGGCUCAGGCUCAGCUCGGACUCCGUGGCGGUCUGCCUGUUUCUCAGUCCCAAGAGAUGUUCAACUCUAUCCCUACUUUCAGGUCACAGGUGUACAUGCAGCCCAGCCUGUCCCACCCAAGUGCGAUGGUGCUUUCUGGAGCAGCCCAACUCAAAGGGCCGUACUCGGCGUUCCCCGGCAUGCAGCCUUCCGAGAUGGUGAAGCAACAAUCUGGCUCACACUUCCAGCCCAUUAACGGCAGCCAGGCGCUGGUUUACGACAGCACCAUCAACCAGGCUGCAGGAAUGGGCACGUCUCAGCUCAUGGACUCGCAGCUCAUUCAGGUGACGAUGCCUUUACCCGGCUCUCAGCUGCGUUACGGUUCGGCCCAGCAGCACCUGAUCCUCCCGCAGUCCAUCCAGCUUCAGCAGGGACAGAACCUGUCUGUCGGCGCCCCACGUCGCAUCAUCCCCCCCGCGUCCCAGCCACCGGUCAUCGCUGCCAGCCGAGAGCCAUCUCAGCUGGAGAUGAAAGGCUUUCAAUUCCCUGACAAAGCCAGCCACUCACCUGGGAUACCUGGUGGUCCGUACAGGCCAGGUUCAGCCAGCCCCAGUGGGAAGCCGUCAGUCCCCGGUGUCCCUCCAAACGUCGGCCCGCUCCCAGGCCAUUACACUCAACAGGUGCCCCCUCCCCAGGGCAAUAUGGUCAUGCACAUGCGCACCCCUACCAGUGGGCCUUACCCAAACCCUAUACAGAGACCUGUAAUGCAGGUAAACAAGGCUGUAAUUAUGCGCUCUACCCCUUACACGAGCCCAGGUCGCGAUCCUACCCACUGCACCCCCCCUACCAACCCGGAGCCCCCAAAUAAGGGUGCAGAGGAGGGCACGAAGGUGAGCCACCCACUGUACAAAAAAAAUAUAGGUCCUCCGUGAGGCUCGGCAGGUCGUAUCCGAUCUGAAGGCGUCCUCUUCGUCAUCGGUGAUUCCUGGAAAACUGCAAGAGGCCACUGUAGUUGGACCGGGAAAGCCGAACCGCACCGGAGCCAUUAAACCUCAGAACAUUAAAGUGGAGGAGAGCAAGGCUUGAUUAUAAAGCUGAUACCUUCUCCACUUCAUGAUACAGAGGCUCUGAAAUAGAACCAAGGACCCUCUUUCUUUCUCUCUUUCUCGUGCACUCUCUCUCUCUCUCUCUCAUUAGUUUGUCAUUCGUCCGUCAUCCGUCACUGGACCACCACAGACUGAAUCACAGGAGCACCAGAAUGGGACACUUCCUGCAUAAGCACCGGAUAGAGAGAUAUUGAAAUAUAUCUAUAUAUAUAAAAAUGUACACUAUAUAUAUAUAUAUAUAUAUAUAAAAAUUUUAAAUAUAUAUAUAUAUAUAUAUAUAUAUAUAUAUAUAUAUAUAUAUAUAUAUAUAUAUAAAAUAAAAAUAUAUACAUAUAGACAUGAUAGCUUGGGACUCUUCUAAGCUGACUCUCUUCAAGAUCCUUGUUAUUUAUUUUCCAUUUCAAGAAGAACGAUGAUUUAAAAAAGAAAAAAGGAGAAAAAUCCUCAUGGUGAGUUGUUUCGUCACCCCGCCCCAUUUGCCAAAAUUGCCCCAGCAGCAGGGUCGGGCUGUAGGUUUUCAGCAGCAUGAUUGAGAAUGGAUGAACAUGUCAUGUUUAAGAACUGCAGUGUCAUUUUUACUGAAAACCAUGAAAUUUUAUUUCUUUUUAUUAUAUAUAAAAUCUUAAUUCAGCGCCUAUUUGCUCUGUUAUGAAAGGGCACAUUUUACUGAAAUAAAACAGUCACACCCCAUAAUUUGAAGAUUUUUGUUCUAGAUAACAACUUUAACUUUCUUUGCAUUCUUUUCCCCAAUUCAAAUGUAAUCUUUGACUAUUUUUGUUUUUUAAGCACCGUGUCAGCAUUUAAAAGAAUAUAAGCACGUAUGUGUGAAGUUCAUUAUGUAAUUUUUGAGCUGUUUGAAAGUGUGUGUGUAAACUUAGGGCACUUCAGAGUUAAAUGGUGCUUUAUUUUUCUUGUGUAGUAUCUGAUCUGUUGCUGUAAAGACAGUAGGAAUUGGUUGUUUUUUUUUUUUUAUCAUUGAUGAGAAGUGCAAGAGGUUAUAUAUAUAUAUAUAUAUAUAAACAUAAACCGCCCUCUGCCUCCUUCCUCAUGAAUCACUACAUUAAGUGUCCAGAUUUUUUUUAGUUUAAAAACGUCAAAGCCUGUAAUUAAAAUUAACAAACCAGACCUAAGGUAUGAAAAUACUGGAAGAUCAGUUAUUAAAUGCCCCCCUGAAAUUAAGUGGUUGUUAAAGGUUUGUUUAAACCUCUUCAACUUUACCAUGCAGUUUGUUACCCAUCAAAAUAAUUGUGUUCUGCAUAUGAUGGUCAUGUGUGGCCCAGCCUUAAUAGAUAGUAAACAGGAAAGGUGUCGGUUUUUAACGCAUUGUCUAAGGGAUUUAAUGGGUUCCAUGAGCAACACAGCUUCUUUUUCCUUUAUUUGUUUUGUUUAAAAGGUGUGUUGGUGAGGAUAUUAGCUGAGCAUCUCAUUUCACAACCACAUGGAAAAUUUUAAAAGGUGCUUUUGGCUGUCAAAAAAAUACAAAAAAAAAAUACAUGAACUUUGUGCCGGUGUAAAUAAAGAGGUGCCUCCUGCCUGCUGUGGAACAUGAGGAACGCUUUAAAGACUAUUCCUGUUCUGCAAACGGGACGUUGUUUGUUUUUUCUCCUCCACCUCCUGUUUGAGAAUGGGAUGUGAUCAGCGUACGUCAGACCUGCAUCGUUAUCUGUACAGGCUCACGUGUUUUCUCUGUAAACUCCAGCGUUUCUUUUUCCUUUUGCUUAUUUAAGUUCUGUUGUCUGGGCUGCUCCACAGGUUCAGCAGCCUUUUCUCCUUACAUGUUGUUUAUCCUCUGCUUUCAGAGCUGUAAAACAUAAUUGCUCCUUUUUUCUCUUGUAUAAUGAUCUCAUUGAGAAGGGAAAAAUGAAAUAAAGCAAAGUGCUUUUUCAAUGA